GGAGGGCGUUCUUAUAUACAAUCGCUCAACUCUUUUGCAGCGGACUGUCUUCUCCUCCUGGAGUCUGAAAAGCGGUGGACUGCGCUUUCCAAAGCUCUGUGUGGUUGUCAGGUCCAAACGAGCCAGUAGCGGAGCCGUGUGGUGGGAUACCAACACGCGUGGUUGUGCUUCACCGGAGCUAACGUUAGCGGGUGAUGAACAACGGCCUUCCUCGUCUGACCGGUUACCUUUCAUCGCCCGUCGGACUCUCCCGUUAACCACACACAGCGAGAUACAAAAUAUCACAGCAACGACUCCAGAACUCGCAUUUACUUCAUGCUUGCUUCCUGCGAGUUGGUCCAACUGGCUAGCUAGCUACGUCCGGCGUGCAAGUUCACUGAGGCAGCAGCGGAGGCAUCAGCCGGCGGCGGGGUUCUAUCCAGCGAUUCUGAGAUGGGUUUGCUGUCACAGGGAUCGCCACUGAAUUGGGUCGAAACCAAGAAGUAUGCAGACCAUAUUAGACAACACGGGAUCAUCCAGUUUCUGAACAUUUACAACAAAGUGAAGGAACGUCAGAAGGAUGUGCUGAAGUGGGGUGACGAGGUGGAGUACAUGUUGGUGGAGCUGGAUGACAAGGACGAAAAGGUGCGACUGGUCCUGAACGGUGGCGAUGUUCUGGAAACCCUCCAAGAACAAGGUGAAAAGAUAAAUCCUAACCAUCCCACACUUUGGAGACCAGAGUAUGGCAGCUACAUGAUCGAAGGAACUCCAGGGCAGCCCUAUGGUGGGACCAUGUCAGAAUUCAACACUGUGGAGGGGAACAUGGGAAAGAGACGGCGAGAGGCUUCCGCUGUUCUGAGCCAGAAUGAGACCCUCUGCACAAUCACCUCAUUUCCAAGGUUAGGCUGCCCCGGCUUCACCAGGCCCGAGCACAAGCCCACCACAGUCGAGAGGGGGGCGUCAAAGUCACUGUUUUUCCCUGAUGAAGCCAUUAACAGACAUCCAAGAUUCAGCACACUCACCCGAAAUAUUCGCCACCGAAGAGGAGAGAAGGUUGCAAUCAACGUACCAAUCUACAAAGACAAGAACACUCCGUCUCCAUUCGUGGAAGAGUUUCCUGAAGAUGACGGCGAAGCGGCAAGGGCUGCUCUGCCGGACCACAUCUACAUGGACGCCAUGGGCUUCGGCAUGGGCAACUGCUGUCUGCAGGUGACAUUCCAGGCUUGCAGCAUUGCCGAGGCCAGAUACCUUUACGACCAACUUGCACCGUUCUGCCCCAUCGUGAUGGCACUAAGUGCUGCCUCGCCCUUCUACAGAGGUUACGUGUCAGAUAUCGAUUGCCGCUGGGGAGUCAUCUCUGCCUCGGUAGAUGACCGGACACAAGAGGAACGUGGACUCAAGCCUUUGAAAGAAAACAAAUACAGAAUCUUCAAGUCCAGAUAUGAUUCCAUCGACAGCUACCUGUCGAACUGCAGUGAAAAGUACAACGACAUCGAUUUAACAAUAGAUGAGGAGAUCUACAAGCAGCUGCUGGACGCAGGAAUUGACAAGCCGCUGGCUCAGCACAUUGCUCACCUCUUCAUCAGAGACCCGCUGUCCGUCUUUGAGGAGAAGAUACAUUUGGAUGAUGAGAAUGAGUCGGACCACUUUGAGAACCUUCAGUCCACCAACUGGCAGACCAUGAGGUUCAAGCCUCCGCCUCCCAACUCUGACAUUGGCUGGAGAGUGGAGUUCAGACCCAUGGAGGUUCAGUUAACUGAUUUUGAAAACGCUGCCUAUGUUGUGUUCAUCGUGCUGCUGACCAGAGUCAUCCUUUCCUACAAGUUAGACUUCCUCAUCCCCUUGUCAAAGGUGGACGAGAACAUGAAGGUUGCCCAGAAGAGAAACGCUGUUCAGGAAGGACUGUUCUACUUCAGGAAGGACAUCUACACAGGUUGUAACCCGGUUCUGGAUGGAAACCCUUCGACUCACAACGGCACGGACGCAGACUGUGGGAACGAGGAGUACACACUGAUGAGCAUCGACACCAUCAUCAACGGAAAGGAGGGAGUUUUCCAAGGGCUGAUGCCAAUCCUUAACUGCUACCUGGAGAACAUGGAAGUGGAUGUUGACACUCGGUGCACAAUUCUGAAUUACCUGAAGCUCAUAAAGAAGCGCGCCUCUGGUGAGCUGAUGACCAUGGCCAAGUGGAUGAGAGAGUUUGUGUCCACGCACCCGCAGUACCAGCAGGACAGCGUCAUCUCUGACAAGAUCAACUAUGACUUUUUCCUCAAGUGUGACAGGAUCGCCAAGGGUGAGGAGCAGUGCCCGGAGCUCAUCGGGAACCCGCUCAACAAGGUCAAAUGAAACCGGACCCUGCAGACACAUAAACCAUCGCCAAUGAGAAAACUGAUAUUAAUGCAAUAUAUUUUGUGUUUUAAGAAACUGCAUCGAAGUGUACAUAAUCCCGAUCAGAUUUUUAUGAUUGCAAAUUAUUUUAAUAGCGUUAAGACAUGCAAAAGAAGAUGUAAUAGAAAUCAGAUGUGUAUUUAUUUUUCUCUGGAGAAGAAAUCUUAUCCAUGUGACUAGGACUUCAAAGUAGCUGUUGUACAGUAGCCUGUUUCUAAUCACGACUGUUGUAAAUACUCAUUAACAUGCCUCACUUUUAGUAGAUAUCGCGUGUAAUUUUAUCUGCGUUUUAGACAUUUUAUUUGCUCUGCUACGCUGAUAAUGUGGUGGGACCUUUCAGGGAGACGUGUUGAAUUUAACACAUGAUGGUUAUGGGUUUUUUUUGGCGAUAUCAUGCAGUCUGCUGUCUAAAUAAAUCUCUAACUAUGCGGUGCUUCGUGGAUAUUUUUCUUCUCAUAUGAAGAGAAAUGGUUAUAAUGUUGUUAUAAUUGGGUAUCAGGUAAUUGGGUUUUGUAUGUAUUAAAAAAAAGAAUGUGAAGAAACUAAUAACUGUUGAAUGAGAUAAAUUGUUAAAAUACAAAUUGAAAUGACCUCUAAAUAAUGUCUUUGCUGUUGCUGCUGUGACACAUGGAAUUUCCCCACAGAUGGACAAAUAAA